AAGUGGCUAUACUCAAAAUCAACACUUCACUACUACUAUAUAUCCCCUCCUCAGUUUCAACUCCUUUUCAAUGGAUUUCUUGGUACAAGCCACACCUCCAAAUCUCCCAAAACCUGAAGACUCAUCACCAGCCAUCAUGACUAAUAAUCACCCAACUAAUACUCAAGAAAAAGAACAAGAACAACAAGACCAAAAGUCUAAGAAAAACAAGACUUACAUGCUUCUUUUAUCAAUCAAUUACUUGUGCCUUUUUAUAGGUUCGGUCUCUUCUAGCUUACUGUCAAAGUUUUAUUUCAUUCAUAAAGGUUCAAGCAGAUGGGUUUCUACAUGGGUUCAAUCUGCAGGUUUCCCUCUUCUUCUUUUACCUAUUUAUCUUCCUUAUUAUCUCUUCAAAUCCAACGAGAGGCGCCCUUUUAGCGGUUUCUCACCAAGAAUUUUUAUUUUAUCAAUCAUGGUGGGUUUAAUGUUAGGUGUAAACAACCUUCUUUUCUCUUGGGGAAAUUCUUAUCUUCCUGUUUCUACUUCUUCUCUUCUUUUAUCUUCUCAACUCGUAUUUAAUCUGAUUCUCUCUGUAAUAAUCGUAAAGCAAAAGAUCACUUUUCAAAAUCUCAAUUGUGUAAUUCUCUUAACUCUAAGUUCAGUUCUUUUAGCUUUAGGCUCAAGCCAUGACAGACCUCAAGGGUUAACUCGGUCCAAAUACUUCAUAGGUUUCUUCUCCACCAUAGGUGCUGGUUUAUUGUUUGCUUUAUACUUACCAGUUAUGGAAAAAAUAUACAAAAAUGUCUACAGUUAUCAGAUGGUAAUGGAAAUGCAGUUAAUAAUGGAAAUUUCAGCAACCGCAUUAGCCACCGCCGGAAUGGCAACGGGCGGUGGAUUUUCAGAAAUGAAAAGAGAGAGUGAGCUGGUUUUUGAUAAAGGAGAAAAAUGGUAUUGGGUUACAGUUUUUGGAAAUGUGUUUACAUGGCAGCUUUGUUUUAUGGGAACGGCGGGCUUGGUUUUCUUAACCUCGUCGCUGACCGGAGGGAUAUGCAUGACAGCGUUGCUGGCCAUGAACGUGUUAGGAGGAGUUUUGGUGUAUGGAGAUGAGUUUGGUGGUGCUAAGGUGGUGUCCACUUUGCUUUGUGGGUGGGGAUUUUGUUCUUAUGUGUAUGGUAUGUACCUUCAAAUGAAAAGAGAGGAAGAAAAAGAGAAAGAGAAAGAGAGAGAGAAAGAGAAAGAAAAGGAGAAUAAAAAUCUUGGGAUAGAGAUGGUUCAUGUUGUAACAGCCAACAAUGUUUAAUGGUUACUGUAUUAGCAGAAUCAGAUUAUGCUUUAUUUAGGAAAUUUACAUCUAUAUAUGGAAAAAGAAAUAAAUUAUUUUUUAUUUUUUAUUUGCCAUGUAUAAGAAUAUGAUAUUAAAUAAUGACAUAUAUAUAUAUAUA